AUGUUCUCCCUCCGGACCGUCCUCCGCGCCCCCGGUGCCCUCCGCCAAAUCCUCCCCUCCGUCGCCCGCAGAUCAUUCUCCGGAGUCGCUUCUGUCCGCCCUCUUUCACACAUGAUCCAGAAUGGCCUCACUAGGCUGCGGGCUCAAUCAGAAAACAGCACUGCUGUCACCGCCGCCAUUGGCGCGUCCCGGCAGCUUGGACAGGUCCGGGGAAUGAAGACUCGGUCUUCGGUGAAGCGCCUUUGUGAUGGCUGCAAGCCCGUGCGCCGCAAGAACCGCGUCUUUAUCAUCUGCUCGAAAAACGCCAAGCACAAGCAGCGACAAGGCAAAUAG